CACGCUGCUACCGGAACCUCCGUUCCGCUGUCCCGCCUCUCCCAGCGGAAGCGGUCCCUGCCGGGCCCAUCCAAGCGACAGACCGGCGGCGGGGGUUGCUAGGAGACGGGGCACCGCCACACACACUGUCCAUCGUCCCCACGCUCACGGGUGGGAGCUGCAGCUCCACCGAGAGACCCCCCCUCCCCACCGGAUAGCCCAACGCCGCCCGCCUCGGCCCCGGCUCCCCCCGGGGGGCGGCCACAUGGCGGGCUGUCCCAUGGCGGCCCCGCGGCAGCCACUGUCACUGGCCGAGGUGGAGCCGGGCAGCGAGAACGAGAGGCUCGGGGUGGCCCGGGACAGCAUGCUGCGCAACCCGCUCAUCCUCAAGGCAGAACUGGGGAAGCCCCAGAGAAACCGCUACACCCUGCCAGGCGUUGAUUUUUCAUAUGGGCUGUACAUCCAGAGGACAGAUGGAGGAGUCCCUGAAGCAAUAGGCCACUGGAAUACAGUAAAGCCCAGGACUACUUCAGCUCAGAAGAUGCCUCGAGACUUCAUCACCAUGAACCGUGGUGCUCUGAAGGCUGGUUAUACCACAGCCCAUGAAUUUAAUUUGUACUACAAGGCCAAGGACAUUCGGCGCAAAGAUGAUGAACACAGUCGCUUCAAGAGAAGUCCUCCUAAAGUACCUGCAGACUUCACUUAUGGCAUCACAUCGCGGCCUUGCACUCCCUUUUUUGACCUCCUCCAACACAAAUACAAGGAGCUGUGGAUGGAGCAGCAGAGAGCCCUGACAGCAGCCAAGCGAGUGGAAAAGAAAAAGAAGGACAAAGUGCGUGAAACUCGCAACACGUUUCUGCGAAAACACCCACUACCUGCAAAGGAGGAGUCCUUCUGGCACCUGCCCCGCUUGGAGAAGGUUGGGCCUCAUCUCAGUACUUUUCCAGACCGUGAUGCUCGUAAAAAGGCUUUCAGUGCCUCCCAUUGAGAAGUGCCUGCGAGACACAGUGGGACCGCAGCACCGUGCUGAGCAUCACAGCCCUUCGACCCUGCAAUAGCCAUAGGCAACAGGAUUUCUCUCUUGUUUUAAAAAGUUACAUUAAUGCAGAUAUAGCCAA